AUGUCAUCGCAGUUGGACUUUAUACGGAAGCUCAUGGCGACGCCGACGACGACAGAUGAGCUUGGCCCGUUUAUUCGGAACUACGAGCUGCUGUCAUACCCAGCCCGGCAACCGAGCAACGAGAGCCUCCGAAGGGUGAAGCGUGGUGCAGAGCAGUGGUCCGACGCUGAGCGUGUUCGUUUCAAGGCACUUGGAAGAGAGUUUCGCCUCGUACUGCACCCUGACCUAUCUUCAUUCUCCAACGACUUUGUCAUGACCACACCGGGAGGUGCAGUGGACGUUGACCUUUCGCACAUCUUCUCCGGUCAUGUAGAAGGCGACGCGGGGAGUCGGGUCUUUGGCUCUGUCGUCGAUGGUGUAUUCCACGGGCGCAUCAGCACAGGAAGCGGGCGCAUCUUCUACGCCGAGCCAGCGUGGAUGUAUUCGACGUUACAGUACAAGGGACACACCGUCUUCUACUCUGCCGAAGACGUGCGACUGCCGGCACAGCUGAGAUCGCACGGUGGAUGCGGCUUUGACCGGCUGCAGGCAUAUAUGCACCGACAGAACGUCGCGAUGGGAGCUCGCAAGCCAUUCCAGCACUUGGACCAGAGUCCGAUGGAGCAGGAAAUGGAUCAUCGAUGGCGCCGCCCCUACCAAAAUGGCGGGAAGCGGCGCGUCCGACGUUCCCCUGACUACGCCGAUCCGCCCCCUGGCAGUAGGAGCAAACCACGGGCUCGCUCGGGCAAGGGCCGUCGCAGAACCUCGCGCCAGGACUCCACUCGACGAGUGUGCCAUAUGCAGGUCGUCGUAGACCACUUGUUGUACGAAUUCUUCGCCAAAGGGACGGACGACAGCACUGCCCGCGAGCGCAUCACUUCGAUGGUUGGCACGCACAUGGCGUCCACAAACUUAAUCUACUCCACUACCGACUUCAAAGGGAUCGUCGGCAUGCGCUUUGUGAUACAAGACCUCAGGAUCAACGACACCAGUGCUUGCGAGGGUGCCGAGGCGGCGAGCAACCCGUUCUGCCGGAAUGACCUCGACGCCAAUCUUAUGCUGCAGCUCUUCGCGCUGGAGGAGCGCAACGACUUUUGCCUGUCAUACGCGUGGACCAAUCGCGACUUGGGUGAAGGAACUCUGGGACUCGCUUAUCUGGCCUACGCUAGUGAUAAGCUGGGAGGUGCGUGCGAGAAAUUCCGGUCGGUGAACACUCGCGAGGGCAUCCGGCGCAUGGCACUGAACACGGGCGUCAUAACAUUGUACCUGCACGGUGGACCAGUUGCAUUGGCCGUCAGCGAGGUCACAGUGGCCCACGAGAUCGGCCAUAGCUUCGGCGCGUUGCAUGACGAGACACCCGAGUGCGCCCCUGGUGGCGUCAAUGGCAACUACAUAAUGUUCGCCCGGGCGACGACUGGUCUUCAGCUCUUCAACCGGAGAUUUUCACCCUGCAGCAUACGCAGCAUCAGCGCCGUCCUGUAUGCCAUCCUCAACGGCCUCUACGAUAAGGAAAACUGCUUUCUCUCUCACCAGGAGUCCUUCUGCGGCAACAAUGUGCGCGAGGAGAACGAAGACUGUGACUGCGGCUACCACGAGAAAGACUGCCGAGACCUGUGCUGCUACGCGCGCAAGAAUUCGCAACAUGUUCCUGGCUGCACGCUGCGUCCUAAUGCACAGUGCAGCCCGUCUGCUGGAAGCUGCUGCAGCACAGAGUGCCACUUCAUCAGUGCGAAUCAUCAGUGCUCGGCGGAGAAUGAAUGCAGUCACGCUUCCUUCUGCAGAUAUCCUUCGCUAAACGAAAUUUUAUUCCCCGGCCACGGCGCAGUGAACAACCAGGUUUUGUCCUGCCGCGCAGUUUCCUUUGAAGCGAAAUACACGCUGUCAAGCGCUGGACCUUCGCGCAACUGA